CGGGGUAUGUUGCGAACUGGUCGGGUAUGUCGAAGUGGAGUGAAGCCGGCCAGUUCUAUCCCCCUUCCACGCUUGCCUCAGGGUGAUUGAGUCCAUUCCUUCGCUUCCGCUCGCAUUGGCUUGCGCAUGCUGCUGCAUCGACAGCUCGGAGAGUUCCACGCUUUCAUUGAUCUUACGAGGAGUUUUGACUUGGGGACAAGGAUUGGUAGUAUUGCAACUUGAAAAGAUUGUGGGGGGUCUGUUUUUGAAUUGGGCUUUACUUCGGAUUUGGGGCAGAAGUCGCGGACUGCGAAGAUGAUGGGAAUAUGGGAUUCGUUCCUCAAUUGGCUCCGCAGCCUGUUCUUCAAGCAAGAGAUGGAGCUGUCGCUGAUAGGUCUGCAGAACGCUGGGAAAACAUCGCUUGUCAAUGUUAUUGCGACUGGUGGUUAUAGCGAAGAUAUGAUUCCCACCGUCGGUUUCAAUAUGCGUAAAGUGUCGAAGGGCAAUGUUACUAUCAAACUGUGGGAUUUGGGUGGCCAACCCCGCUUUCGUAGUAUGUGGGAGCGCUACUGCCGUGGAGUGUCGGCCAUUGUCUACGUGGUUGAUGCUGCAGACAAAGACAACGUCGCCAUCUCCAGGAAUGAGCUGCACGAUUUACUGAAUAAGCCUUCACUUCAUGGUAUUCCAUUGCUUGUGCUGGGUAACAAAAUCGACAAGCCUGAGGCUAUCUCAAAGCAGGCUCUUAUUGAUCAAAUGGACAUAACAGGACUGAACGACAGGGAGGUGGCAUGCUACACCAUUUCAUGCAAAAACUGUACUAACAUUGACAUCGUGAUCGACUGGCUAGUGAAGCACUCAAAGACCGCCAAGAGUUGAUUAGAAUUGCGUUGAUUUGAGAGAUUGUUACAUUCCAGGAGUCGUAGCUACAAACUUGAAUUAUCCAUUAAUAUGUCAUAGGUCCUUCAAGGUUGUAAUUGGUUUGUGAUUAGUUUGUUAUAGUAACAGCUAUUUGAAAGGAGGUUCUAGGAUAAAAAAAGGUAGUUUUCUUUACCUUUUUGUAGAGCUACGAAGAAUCUCCUAGCAAGGUUUUGAUUCAGAUUCUUUGUCUGGUCAAUGAUGACCUUGUGUAUACAAUUUCACGUUCAUCAAAAAAGUUUGUAUGUAUACGUUGUCAGUCUUCACGCAGGUGUAAUAAAUUGCUACAAGUAGGAUUUUGCGGAUAAUUUUACCUAUGAAUAGACGUCUGUAUUUUUCUCUUUGAAGUAAUAAAUCUCCUUGUCGAGGUAAA